UAGAGAACAAGACAACCUCACGUGAGCAGAGCAGUCCACCGUGUCCAUUUCUCCUAGGGUUCUGUCUCUCUCUCUCUCUCUCUCUCUUCGGACGGCAGGAAUCGCCACCGCCGAACCGUCGCCGACGAAUCGCAGCUUCGGCUGAACCGCCGCGGCGCCCGCGUCGCGUCGCGUCCGAACCGCCGGCGGCUUCGAGGGGGGCGAAAAUGGGGAGUUCCGGCGACAGAGCCCUGCUCUCUCUCCCUCUCCAAAUUCACUUCUCGUAGAGGUUGGGGACGAACCCUGAUCGGAGGUUGCCGAUUGAGCUCGAUCUCAGUCGUGGGUGACGCCCAAAAACCCUGCUUUCGGCGGCAAUCGGGUCGACAUUUCGUCGAGCACAGUUGAAGAGAGAGAGAGAGAGAGAGAGAGAGAGAGAGGUGAUCAUGUCGUUCUCGUUCUUCAGGCCGUCGAGGCCGAAGACGACGCAGGAGUUCGUGAAGGGGGUCAAGGAUAGCCUCAUGGCCCUCGACACCAAGACCGUCGUGGAAGUCAAGGCCCUCGAGAAGGCUUUGGAAGAAGUUGAAAAGAAUUUUUCAACUAUGAGAUGCAUGAUUUCUGGAGAUGGAGAGGUUGAGCCUAAUGUCGAUCAAAUUUCACAGCUUGCACUUGAAAUAUGUAAAGAGGAUGUUAUCGCCCUUAUAAUUCACAACUUGCAUAUCCUAGGAUGGGAGGCAAGAAAGGAUUUGGUCUAUUGUUGGGCCAUAUUGCUAAAACAAAAGGUUGGUUCAACAUAUUGUUGUGUGGAAUAUGUUGAGAACCAUUUCGAGUUGCUAGACUCUCUUGUUGUAAGCUACGAUAACAAGGAAAUUGCAUUGAACUGUGGAAAUAUGUUGAGGGAAUGCGUCAAGUUUCCUACACUUGCAAAGUACAUUCUGGAGUCAGCAAGCUUUGAACUGUUCUUUAAAUUUGUAGAGUUGCCUAAUUUUGAUGUUGCAUCUGAUGCAUUUACUACUUUUAAGGAUCUGCUUACGAAGCAUGGAGAUAUGGUUGCUGAGUAUCUGAACAUCCACUAUGACGAGUUCUUUAAUCUAUAUGAGAAACUUUUGACUUCAGCUAAUUAUGUCACCAAAAGGCAAUCUGUGAAGCUUCUUUCGGACUUUCUCUUGGAGCCUCCUAAUGCCCAAAUAAUGAAGCGGUAUAUUUUAGAAGUUCGUUACUUCAAAGUCAUGAUGAUGCUGUUGAAGGACUCAAGCAAAAACAUUCAGAUGACUGCUUUCCACAUCUUCAAGGUGUUUGUUGCGAAUCCUAACAAACCACCCGAAAUUAAGGUUAUCUUGUCAAAAAAUCAUGAAAAGCUGGUUUCAUUGCUUCACAAUCUCUCAGGUGGUAAAGGUGCUGAUGAUGAGCAAUUCGAAGAAGAGAAGGAGAUAAUUAUCAAGGAAAUUGAAAGAGUAUCUCACCUUCCUAAUCCGGAACACUAAUUCCUCAUUUAAGCCAAUUUCAUUGCAAAAAAUGAGAGGGGAUUUCUGUGGAUCCACUGCUUACCCUUAAUUACCUCAGGGGAGAAAGAAUUAAGGACAUAAGGCCUAAAUCUCAGCCAAUGAGGAUGUAUAGGAAAAAGAGAGGUUCUUGUAUCCGCCCCGCCCCUCCGCCUAGUUUGGUCCGACCAACAGCACUGGUGCCAAAUUCUUUGUAAUUACUGAGUUAUGGGCACUAAACUCUUAAUGGCUUUUUCUUGCCCUAAUUGCGCAAAGGCUUUGUUGCUGAUGCCAGUCUUGUCUGAAUCCCGGGUUGAUUCACUAUAGGUCCAGUUUGGUUGCAAGAAGAAUAAAAUGUUAAAAUGUGUAUUGACUUGUAUGCAGAGACUUUCCAUCGUGGCUGCAUCACUGUUGUUAUUGCUGAUUGGUGAUAGAUAAUGCCUAGUUGGAGUAGACGUUGCUA